AUGCCUCAACCCCGAGCUCCGCCGCUGCGCCUAGCGCUCCCCCCCCACCCCGCGUUUCCCCUCGCACGUUUCCCCAUGCAUUUCCCCCCAUGCGCGCUACAGUGGAUACCGCGCAUGUCGCCGUGUCCAGUAGCGGGGCUGGCUAUAGAGGAGCUGGACGAGCACCUCAAUUUUCGCCGCGGGUACACGCUGGGCUUUGUUGACGACGUGGAGGACAAGACGCAAAUCCUGGCCGUGCUGCGCGCCGUCCUGGACCCCGCCAUGCACGCCAGCGUCACAUGGUUCCUGCAGUCAUACCCUCUUGAUUUCACCAAGAUUCAUGCCGUCGAGGUGCGACAGGGCGUCUUGCAAGUGCCCGCGCCCAGCCACAAGACCAUACGCGCCAACAUGAGUGCUCGCAAUCGCCUGUGCCCUCUCCACACAGGCCCGGCGGACUUCCCUCUCUGGCUACUCGCCAGGGUGCACCCCCCCAUGCUCACUGCUGUCUUCAACCAUUCUUCUCUGCCCAUUCCUCUCUUCCUUUCUCCACCCGUGCACCCUCGUCAGACCAUACGCGCCAACAUGAGUGCGCGCAGUCGCCUGUGCCCACUCCACACAGGCCCGACGGACUUCCCUCUCUGGCUUCUCGCCAGGGUGCACUCUCCUAUGCUCGCUGCCUUCAUCGACCAUUCAGCUCUUUUUAUUACCUCUUCCUCUCUCCCCCCCCCAAUUAUACGCUACGCGGCAACAUGA